AUGUCAUCAAUACCUUCGGGUCAUCUAUUUAAGAAUCUUUCCUCAUCUUUGGUCUUUCUUGAACUUACUGAAGCUGGAUUACAAGGAAAUUUGGAUGAAAAUAUAUUUUCAUUUCCCCACCUUCAGAUCAUAGAUUUGAGUUCUAACUCAGAUCUCACAGGCUAUCUUCCAAAGUCUAAUUGGAGCAAUUCCAUUAGUACUUUGAAUCUUGAUCAUACGAGUCUCACAGGAAAGUUGCCGCAUUCCAUUGGGCAUAUGAAAUCAUUAAAUUCCUUGCUUCUCACAUCUUGCCAAUUCUUUGGAGAAAUUCCACCAUCCCUUUGGAACCUUACACAACUUGAUCAUUUGGGCCUCUCAAACAAUAAUUUUUCUGGUCAAAUCUCAUCAUCACUUUCUAAUCUUCAAGAUCUCAGUUUCCUUCAAUUGUCUUCAAAUAAUUUUAGUGGUCAAUUUCCACAUUCAAUUUCAGAUCUUAAACAUCUCGUGAUUCUAGAUUUGUCAAAUAAUAAGUUGCACGGCCCAAUUCCAAGGUCAAUUUUUCAGCUUCAAAACCUUACAUACUUAAACUUUUCGCACAAUUGUCUUACAGAAAAUGUGUUGUGGCACAACUUGUCAUGGGAAAACAUGCAUGUUCUUGACUUAAGUUCCAACUCCCUUCAAGGAGAGCUCCUUCCUUCUAUUUGCAAUGCUAGCAAACUUUAUAUUCUUAACUUGUCCCACAAUAACUUCACCGGCACCAUUCCAAACUGUAUUGUCAGCUCUAACCUUACUCUUUCUGUGCUGGAUAUACAAAAUAAUAGUUUCUCUGGCAUUGUACCUAAAUCAUUUGAAGUGGGGAAUAAUUUAAUAACCCUAAAUCUGAAUGGCAACUUUCUAGAAGGGUCAUUGCCUCGAUCUUUGAUCAAUUGCAUGAGGCUAAGAGUCUUGGAUCUUGGCAACAACAACAUAGAAGAUGUAUUUCCCCAUUGGUUGGACGCUCUUGAAAAAUUGCAAGUACUUGUUGUUAGAGGGAAUAAAUUGCAUGGUUUUAUCCCCAGUUUUAAGGGCAGUAGCAGCCAUGCCUUCCAUAUGUUAAGAGUACUUGACCUGUCCAGCAACAAUUUGAAAGGUCCUUUACCUGCAUCAUUCUUCAAAUCUUUCAAAGGCAUGAGAAGAUUAGAUGGAAAAACUCGCUUGCAGUACUUGAAUUAUGAAAAACCUACCUUUUAUGGUGGCUUUGAUUAUGAGGACUCCAUUGAGGUGACCUUGAAAGGAUUUGAAAUUUAUCUACAAAAGAUAUUGACAGUUUUUACAAGCAUUGAUUUGUCCAAUAACAUGUUUGAGGGAGAGAUUCCUCAAGUUAUUGGAGAGUUCAAUGCAUUGAAGGGGCUCAAUUUCUCACAUAAUAGACUCACCGGUGCAAUUCCUAUCUCAAUAGGAAAUUUGAGGAAUUUGGAAUGGUUGGAUUUGUCAUCAAACAACUUUACGGGAAGAAUUCCUACUGAGUUGACUAAUCUCAAUUUUCUUGAAGUCUUGAACCUUUCAAAGAAUGAACUUGAAGGUUGCAUUCCUAGGGGCCAACAAUUUGAGACCUUCUCAAGUGAUUCUUUUAAUGGAAACAAAGACUUGCGUGGUUUUCAACUCAUGCUUCCAUGCAAUGCCCACGAGGAAAGACAAGAACCACUUCAAAGUUCUGGAGAUGGAUUUGAAUUUGGUUGGAAACCUGUGGUGUUGGGAUAUGUAUGUGGAGCAGCAUUUGGAGCAAUAUUGUUUCAGGUUAUGAUGUUCACAGGCAAACCGCAAUGGGUUGUAAGUCUAGUGAAUGAUUCGCCAAAGAAGAGGAAGAGAAGGGUUAGAAACCGUACAUAG